UCUUUUUCUCUAGUCUCGUAGUAUUUACACUCGACAACUCCAGAUCUAGAUCAAGGGAAAAAACAGUAGCGAGAGAGAAGAUGAAAAUGGGAAAGAUGAAUCUCUUUUGUUUCUUUACAGUAGCUCUUGUUUUGGUUUUAUCUUCGUCAGCUUUCGCUAAAUCUAAGGAUGUGACGGAGCUUCAGAUUGGUGUUAAGUUCAAGCCAAAAACUUGUGACAUUCAGGCACGUAAGGGUGAUAGGAUCAAAGUACACUAUCGGGGAUCACUUACUGAUGGAACCGUUUUCGAUUCAAGUUUCGAGAGGGGCGACCCUAUCGAAUUUGAGCUUGGUAGCGGUCAAGUAAUUAAAGGAUGGGACCAGGGUCUCCUGAGCAUGUGUGUUGGUGAGAAGCGUAAGUUGAAGAUACCCGCAAAACUAGGUUAUGGUGCCCAGGGUUCCCCACCUACCAUUCCAGGUGGAGCAACACUGAUUUUUGAAACUGAGCUUGUUGCGGUGAAUGGCAAACCGUCAAAUGCAGCAGCAGAAACCACAGAUGAUGACGAUAUUGAAGAGAGUGACUUAUAGUCUUAUUUGAUGUUCUCUUCUUUCUUUUUUUCCCCUUUGUUUGAUGUUCUCUUUUUAUUUUUAUUUUUAUUUUUAUAUUUUAAAAGAGAUACUUGUCGUCUGAAUAAUAUACAGUCAUUAACCUCCAGUUAUGCAUAGUUUAGCCUAGCUAAGGCACGUAUACAUGAACAGCUGAACUAGCA